AUGGUCGCCGAGUGUGCACCGCCGCAGGAGGCCGGCGCGGAGUCCAAGGCGGGCCUGGCCCUCGAGGUGGCCAGCGUGUUCCCGGUGCUCAUGGGCGCCGCCUUCACGCAGAACAACAUCAACUCUGUGAUGAGCGAGCUGAGGCCGUACCGGCAGGGUUUGCUGGACGCCGCCCAAAUCGCCGCCCGCCUGCUCACCAUCUCGGUCUUCCUGGCAAUCGGCCUCAGCAACUACCUCGCGUUUGGGAGCCAGCUACAGCCCGAUGUGCUGCUCAAUUAUGGUACCGAGGAGCUGGGCCGGCUGCUGGCCGGCCGCGUCGCGCUGGCGCUGUCGGGUGCCGUCAAGCUCUCCUUCCUCGUCAACGGCCAGCUGAGCCUCCCCAUGUACCUCUAUCCCUACCAGCGCAACCUGUGGGCCGUGCUGCCGGAGCAGUCGGCGGAGGAGCGGAUGGGGGACCGCAGCUCCUUUGCUGCCACCAACAUCGCCUCGCUGGCAGGCUGUGCGCUGGUGGCGGUAGUGGUGCCCUCUGUGUGGAAGCCGCUGAAGCUGCUGGGCGGCACCGCAGUCUCCUGCAUGGCCUUCACCUUCCCCGGCCUCAUCAUCCUGCGCGCCGGUGGCGGAGGCGAGCGCGCCGGCGCCUGGGACCGCACGCUGUGGGCGCUGGGCUGGGUGCUUGCGGCGGUGGGCCUCCUGCAGGCUGCAGCCAGCAUCGCCUCUCAGUUCAUGUGA